GGGGCGGAGCUUCAGGCUGGUAAACAAGUGAAGACGAAAACAAGCAAGUGGAAAAGAAGAAAAAGCAGCUUUCUAAAAAUGAUCAGUAAAAUUCUGAUGCAGCUCCUGCAUGGUGGUGCGAGAGAGGAGGCAGACAGUGUCGUGGUGGAGAACGAGAGCUGCGUGGAGCUGCUUGAGAGUGAAGAUGGAGACUGGAUCAUCAUUAACAUGUCAGAUCACUCAUCUCUACGACUUCUUGAUAAAGAUCCUCUGGAGAAUCUGCUCAUCGAGCAUCCCAGCAUGUCCGUAUACCAGAUGUUCCGUCAAAGGACAAAUGAGGAAGACGUUUUUGAUAAAGUUUACUCUCCCAGGUGUGUACAGGUAAGGCGUGAUGUGUCAACUCUCCUGGGCUUGUGGUGUGGUUCUGUGCUGUUCUCUGAUCCGAGAGCUCGGCCGUAUUCCGAACGCAGGAAGCUAAGCCGCAGUUCACUCAGCAGGCAGAACCUGCUCCGGACUCGCAACUCCAACACCGAGCACCGCUACGGUCACUUCAAACAGCCGAGUCAGCGUCUGUACAACUACUGAAACACAUAUGGACUGUGUGUGUGUGUAGUUAUAUGCUUACAUUAAAUCUAGUGUUUUAAACACAACACAAAAACUACACAUCAACUAAAAUCAAGUCUUAUUAAGUAGAAAAGGAAUUCGGUGUUCAAUGAUAACAGAGCUGUGGGUUAGAGCUGGGCUUCUAGGAACCUGAUUAAAGUCUGAUUAAAGUCUGAUUGUGCAUGUGUGUGUGUGUAUGGUGUGUGUGUGUAUGGGUGUGUUUGAGUGUUUGUGUGUGUAUGAGUGUAUGUGUAUGAGUGUUUGUGUGUGGUGUGUGUGUCUGAGUGUGUGUGUGUGAGUGUGUGUGAGUGUUUGUGUGUGAGUUUGUGUGUGUGUAUGGGUGUGUGUGUAUGUGUGAGUUUGUGUGUAAGUGUGUGUGAGUGUUUGUGUGUAUGGGUGUGUGUGUGAGUGUUUGUGUGUGUGUGUGUUUGUGAGUUUUUGUGUGUGUGUGAGUGUUUGUGUGUUUUUGUGUGUGUGUGUGUGAGUGUUUGUGUGUGUGUUUGUGUGUGUGUGUGUGUUUGUGUGUGGUGUGUGUGUUUGUGUGUGUGUGUGCGCGUGUGUGCGUGCGUGUGUGUUUGUGUGUGUGUUUGUGAGUUUGUGUGUGUGUGUAUGGGUGUGUGCGUGUGUGUGUGUGUGUGUGUGUGUGCAUUUAGCUGAAUCAGAGGUUGUUCUUUGUGCCCAAGAGACUUCCAUUGUUUAUAAUCCAUGUUUUUACUUUUAGUUUUGUGCCUUAAAUGUUUUUAUACUGUAAAAAUUUCCGUUUUAUUUUUUAUUCAAAAGUAUAUUUUUGAAAAACACAUUUUUAACUGUAAAAUAAAUGUUUUUUAAUUGUU